GGUGAAAGUCUGAAAAGUCGAGUUAUAUCAGGACCAAGCCAUAUUUUUUCCUCCCUCGUGUUCCCGGAACGCCAUAUCCCCCGUCCCGCUUCUUCCUGUCCCCGUCAACAACCCGGCGGAGCUGGAAAGGAAACCCUAGCCUCCCUCCGAACAGCUACUCUCCGGCGAGGUUUUCGACCGUUAGCCUGGCGCAGAAGAGAAUGCCGGGGGCUGCCCUAGAGAUGGAGCCAGUUGAGCCGCAGUCGCUGAAGAAGCUCAGUCUGAAAUCCCUAAAACGAGCGCUCGAUCUCUUCUCCCCGACUCACGGCCAUGUAGCUCCUCCCGAUCCUGAGUGUAAACGAAUUCGCACGAGCCACAAGAUAGCUAUGGAGUACAAAGGGAUCAAGAGUAUUGCUGAUGUCCCAAAACAAAAUAAUGCCAGAGGUCAGGAGCCUGCAGCUCCUUCCAAUGCCCUUGCUCUCCCUGGACCAGAGAGUUCUAGAGAUCAAGAAAAGGGGGUGUCCCAGAAUGCGCAUGUUGUUGGUCCAUCUCUGCAGUCUAGGGGGAAGAAUGAGGGUGGCGUUCCAGGCAAGAGCACAGCCGUGAUUCCUGCAUCUAGUUCAUCCUCAAGGAACUUUUCAACUUCUGCAAUAAUAGAGAGAAUCCCAAGCCGAUGGCCACGUCCUGAAUGGCAUGCUCCUUGGAAGAAUUACAGGGUUAUUAGCGGACACUUGGGGUGGGUGAGGUCCAUUGCAUUUGAUCCCAGUAAUACAUGGUUUUGUACUGGCUCAGCUGAUCGUACCAUAAAGAUAUGGGAUGUGGCCAGUGGGAGAUUAAAGUACACAUUGACUGGACACAUUGAACAAAUACGAGGUCUUGCUGUGAGCCAAAGACAUACCUACAUGUUUUCUGCUGGUGAUGAUAAACAGGUUAAAUGUUGGGACCUAGAACAGAAUAAGGUGAUUCGGUCUUACCAUGGUCAUCUUAGUGGUGUCUACUGUUUGGCGCUUCAUCCUACUAUUGACCUUUUGCUCACUGGGGGGCGGGAUUCUGUAUGCAGGGUAUGGGAUAUUCGCACGAAGAUGCAAGCCUUUGCACUAGCUGGACAUGAUAAUACAGUGUGCUCGGUUUUCACUCGUCCAACGGACCCUCAAGUGGUUACGGGUUCCCAUGACUCAACCAUUAAGUUCUGGGAUCUCAGAUAUGGUAAAACCAUGACAACUCUGACACACCACAAAAAAUCAGUGCGAGCCUUGGCACGACAUCCCACUGAACAUAGCUUUGCAUCUGCAUCGGCUGAGAACAUUAAGAAGUUCAGUCUUCCAAGGGGUGAAUUUUUGCACAACAUGCUCUCCCAGCAGAAGACCAUAAUAAACGCUAUGGCGAUCAAUGAGGACGGAGUAAUGGUUACAGGAGGAGAUAAUGGGAGCUUGUGGUUCUGGGAUUGGAAGAGCGGUCAUAACUUCCAGCAAGCUCAGACAAUCGUACAGCCCGGGUCACUGGACAGUGAAGCUGCCAUUUAUGCUGCCUCCUUCGACCUAACGGGUUCGAGGCUCAUCACUUGUGAAGCUGACAAGACGAUCAAGAUGUGGAAGCAAGAUGAGAACGCCACCCCUGAAACUCACCCGGUCAACUUCAAGCCGCCUAAAGACAUUCGCCGGUUCUAGUCAUGUCACAUUGCCCUUUUGAUCAUUGUCCCUCUGCUGUUUCUGAUCAUUUGUGUACGUCAAACCUUGUUGCUACUAUUAUGUAUUUGAGUUGUUAUAAGUAGAAAAAUGGAGAGCUUGCUUAUAACGAACACUCGCAAGUCUCGGUAAAAAUGUGAACCUUCUUGGCCAACAGCAUGAGUAUUGAGGUUCUUUUUCAGCAGUGUAUACCUGGUAAAGGGCAGGUAACAUCAGUGAAAUACUUUCAACUCUUUAAUAGUCGAAUUGGCUUUGCUGAAUCAUAAAAUUGGAGCAGAUUC